GUACUUCCGGAGUUGCUGCCACUUCCGGUCUCCAGGCUUGCUCUCGCGUGAGGACGGCGCUUGCCUAGAGCAGGAUCCUGGAAGUCUCGCGAGGCGUAUGGUUACCGUAGUGACCGGCCUGGGCGUUAGUGCGAGGAUGAAGAGCAGAAAAAGGGUUCCUCCUAUUUUUUCACGAAGUCUAAGGACAAGUUGAUGGAGAAGCAGUCCCAGGAGUCCAGACAAGCAGACGGAGAGUCGGGGAAGCCCUCGGACAACCUCCUGUCGACGGGGACAGCCGCACAGAGACAGCCUCCUGCUUCCGGGGAAGAGAAACCUGAUUUGAAGAAGUCAAGUAAGAAGAAAACUGUCAUUCCUCAGAUCAUCAUCACUCGGGCAUCCACCGAGACCCUAAACAGCUACGAUUCCCUGGGGAACGAGGACCAGAGAACCAUUCAUGAGCAGGCUGACUGGGGCCCCUACUCUCGACACAGGAACCCCAGCACAGCUGCCGCCUUUACCCCCCAGGCCAAGGAAUAAAUGUGCACUGGGA